AUGGUGGGGCGGCUCAGCCUGCGGGAGGUGCCCGACCUCCCGGACAUGAGGAAACGGGGCGAUUCUGGCCUCGACAGCCCCGACUCCGGCUUACCCCCCAGCCCCGGCCCGGCCCCGCCGCCCUGGCUGCUCUCCUCGGGCAGCCCCGACCGCGCCGCCAACGGGAUCCCGGAGCCCGAGCCGCCGGUGUCCUCCUCCGCGGUGAGUCCGGCCCUUCCCUUCCCUUCCUGGCUCCCCGUUCUCUCCAGCUGCCCUCCAAGAUUGUGUCCUUUAUCCUUUGGUGAAGGAGUUGAGUUUGACCCUUUACCAGCAAAGGAAAUAAGGUACACCUCGUCUCUGCUCUAUGGCUCCGAGCGCCGUUUCAUCGCCGACGUUUCCCUGCUGCCGUCGCUCAGCGUCUCCUCGUGUCUCCAGACCAUCGUGUGCGUUCCCGGCUGCUCCUGGCGCCGCUACCGCUGCGAGCUGCGCCUGGAGCCGCGCCACAAACCGCGGAGCUUCACCAGCACCACCAUCAUCUACCCCAAACACGCCAAGACUGUCUACACCACCACGCUGGGCUACGACCGCCGCAAAACCGCCCGCAGGUUCCUGGCCAGCGUGGAGCUGGAGAGCUCCGAGUGCCCCGGGGAUGGAUGCUGAGCACGCUGCCAGCACCC